CGUUUGAAAUCAGACACUUUGGUCUAUCUAAUGGUGAAAGAAUUAGAUCUCUAGCACUUUCUGUUGAAAUAUUACAGGCCUCGAGAUUUGUGCCAAGACUUUUACAUCAGUCAUUAUAGAUGUGAAGCACAUAGAAAAAUGAAAACUGAAUCUACUAAAAAUUUUACUACAAUUUUAUCAUACAGUGUGUGUGCGUAUUCGAUUAAAAAAGAAAUUUCUUAUAUAUCAAUCUUAACAAAACAUGAUCUUCAUUUUUUAGGCUAUACUAAAUAUAUUUGGCGUCCAUUAUACAAAAAUUUAUUUAUUAAAAAAUCUUCGCAUGAUCCUCUUUGGUUACGAUUAGCACAAUAUUUUCUAUUAGAAAUAAUCGAUGAUAUUCUAUUAUAUACAAUUCAACAUGGAAAUGCAAUAAUACUUGAUUUAUUUCUUAGUGAUCGUAUUCUUCAUUUACCAUUAUUAGAAACAUAUUUAAUCGAUACAUUACUUUUUCGUAAACAAUUAUCAAUUGAUAUUGUACGAACAAUACUUAUUUAUUUAACAAUGUCAACAAAUCGAAUAGAAAAAUGUUUUGAAAAUGUAUUUCAACGUUUUUUAACAUUAUGGUCACAAGAAAGUUUUAUUCGAUUUUCAUCAAAUAGUCAACAUUUUUAUAUAUGUCAAUGUAUAUGUAUAUGUUUAUCACUUAAUAAACAAUUAAAAUUAAAUGAAGAUAAAGAUAAAAUUAUUAUAUCUGUAUUAAAUGGUAUUCGUAUACAUAUUGAAUCAACAUUUGAUUAUAUUAGAAGACGUGGUCAAUUUAUAGGAGAAUUAAUUAUUCAACGUAUUAAUCUAUUUUCACCAUCAAAUCAACUUCAUUUUGAUACGUACGAUAAAAAUCAUUCAGAAAUUCAAAUACUAACUAAAUUAGCUGAAUUAAAUCAUUCACUAAACGACAGAGAAUUAUCUGAUGAUGAUGACGAUGAAAAAGAAAAAAUUCGUAUGAAAAAAGGUCAGUCUACAAUUACAGAAUAUCUAAAUCUAUGA